UAUGCUUUAGCAAUAUUUUUUGACGAGCUUUGAUGAGUAAUUAACGGUUAAAUUGUUUUUACGGGAAAUCACAAAUGAAAGUUUUAGGAUCAAAAAAUUAGUUAUGCUAUUAAAGUAUUUCUAAAGGCAAGUAAGCAAUCAAUAAUAAGAAUAAGUUAAUGUUUGUUUUAUGAGUACAAUUCCAUUAAGGAUUCUCAAUGCCUAAUCUGUGUUAAGUCAAACAAUGUCUGACUUUUCUGAAAUGGGACUGGUUGUCUCGAAGGAUGAAGAAUCUCGUGCAGUGGAGCCAUCCUUAAACAUUAUUUCAGAAGUGGCCGAUACUUUAGUUACAGAUUCCAUCCACAGUGAAAGCAAAACUUGCAUUAAUAAAUCUUCGAAUGUCAUAGCUAUCAACGAUGUUAUUGGCGUUGAAUCGGCGCCUCUUAGCGAAUCUACUUUUGAAAAUGAAAUUGACGCACUUUCUAGAGUAAUUACUGAUUAUAAAGGGGAGAUUUCUCGCAAUAUAAAAUUCUGUAAUCCCAUAGAAAAUUCCGGCUCAAGUGAAAAUAUUAUAAAGAAAUAUAUGCAAGAUGAAAACAGGGGUGAUGAAAGUUUUGACGUUAAUGUUAAAAAAGUACAUGAAAAUAUACAACCUAUUGUGUCGACAGUGGAUAAAGAAAUCUUUGGUAAAAGUCAAGAUGAUGUCUCUACUGCAAGAGAAAAAAAUGUCCACACUUCAUUUUUAGAUAUCCAUGAAGAAUAUCAAAAGAAAAAGUCUCACGGUAUCUCGACAGCUGAAAUAGAGUCUCAUAACACGCCUCCAGUAACUCAGUUAUCAAGUUCAACGUCUACCGAUAAUUUUUCAAAUACAAUGCGUAAGCUAGAGUGUGGAGAAAAUGCAGAUAAUACAUCUAAUGUCACUAAUCUAAGCAAAAGUUUGCAAAUGAUUGGUGAAGCAUACAUUUCGGAAGAUUCUCAAGAGUCAGAUGAACGCAGCGGGAGUAAAAAUAUUGAACAAAAUUUACGAUUAGAUGAUUGCGAAAAAAGUAAUAGGUGUGAAAGUAUCGAAGAAGAGUUUAAUAGCAGUCACGAAAAUCAACAAUUCACAGACAGAACUGGGAAUGAUGGUGGAGCGAAUGUAAAAUGUAAAGAAUUAGAAGUUAAAAGAAGCAUUAGUUCGGAAAAGGAAAUUAGGUCUGAUGAACAUGGGUGUCAAGAAAUAAACGUUAAUAUAGAAAGUAGUAUUAGGUCAAUAGCUUCAAAUAUUGCUGGUGCCAAUGAACUGACGCAGUGUUUAAUCAAUACACAAAACUUUACUGAAAUAAAAAUUAUUGGGGAUGAACACUCCACUGACAAAAAUUUUAGCACAUGGGAAAAUCAACUUGGUACACAAAAGUUGAUGGAUUUUGAAGUCACUACUGAUGAAAGUGACUUAAAAUCAGAAACGGAAGAAGCUACUUUAAAACCGUGUGAAGAAGAUAUAGUCAAUAGCAAAAUAACACAAUGCGUUAAAUUGAAUUUUGCUGAGGAUGUUGAAUCUGGUAAGAUCACCGAAACCCUCAUAAAUUCGGAAGAUGAUUUAAGUUUAUGUAACAAACCAAAUGAUUUAAAUGUCAGUCCUUCAGUCAUUUCAAAUGAGAAAAUAGUAUCAAAGGAAAAGAUGUUCAUAGAAGAGUCAAUUUUUCCAGCUUUUUCUAAAAGAGGUACACGUUUAUUUACAACCAAUGUAGACAAUAUGACUGAAUUUACAAAAUUUAUACCGACUCUUCUCUCGCAAGAUCCUAUUAAAGAAGUUCUUGUGAUUGAUACAUCUGCAGUAAAUAAUUCUGAAAAACUGUCAGACUCAGUCAAUGAAACAAAUAUAAGUAUUUCAACUAAAGAGCUUAUUAACGUUGCAAUUAAAAAUGUUGCUGAUCAAGAAUUAAUAAAGGAGAAAUGCGAGGAAAGUAUAGAAGUAAGGGUGAACGUGACGAAUAAAGUAGAAGGAAAGUACCAACUAGGCAUUUUAGAAGAGGGAGAGGGUGAGUCAUCGAUUACCACAACAUCGAUGACAAGACUAGACAAUAUCCAGGAAGCUUCUGCUGAUAUGUUAGAAACAAUGCAGUACCCGGAAGACGUGAUUGGCAGCAAAUUUGAAGGUAAUCAGGAUUUUAUAACAAUGGACGAAUCUAAUCGAAUUGAAUCGAAAGAAAGCACAGUGGAGAAGAAACUAGUUAAACCUAACUUAUAUUCGGAUGAAGAAGAAUCGAAAAUAUCAGAAGCAUUGCCUCAGAAGUCAGAAGAACUACUGUAUAUAGAAUCAGAGCCAGGGCAAAAUAUGGAUUCGUUUAAAGAACUAAGUUUUGAUUUGAUCCCGGGAAAUAAUGAACCUGCAAUAAAAACUGUACAAUUUUUAGAAGUGGAAGCAGCAGAGUGUAAAAGACAACCUACUCAAAAAAUUGCAGUAAUACCAUCAGUAAUCGAAUCAUCUGAUAAAACUAUCGACAUUUCAAUCAAUUUAGAAGAUGGAUCCAAAUUGUCAAAAGAUCUUUCGCUUCAAAGCAAUAUAGAAUCUGUGUGUGUGGAUGAUUUAUUUAACUCGGCAGUUCCAAAUUCAAAUUCUGACAUAUCUGAAUUAGAAUCGGCUGUUAAAUUUUUGCAAGAGUCUCAAGUGCAAGUGGAAUCAUAUCUUGAGGUGUCUCCCAAAAUAGUGGAAAGUGUUGCUGAUAAUGAAUCAGAACAAGUAGACGAACAGAUAAUACAAAAUCCUAUAGCGAUCUCUGAAGCUGAAAUAAUCUCUGAAGCUGCCAAGUUAGAAAGUGAGCGCAAAGCUAUACUGAUGGAGAAAGUAUCAUUAACUGAGAGAAAAUCUUUCGAGUUAUCUAUCUUGCCCUCAAAGAAUGUGACCAGUUUAUUAACUAUUGCAAAACAUACAGAAUCAGAAAAAGACUCAGGCAAUUUUUUUGUCUCAGAACGCAUAGAUGUUUUACCCAAAUUUACGGACAACGUACUAACUUCUAGCGAAUCGGUCCCUAACGUUUCCGUUUUAGAGGAGAGGUUAAAGGAACCACCAACAAUAGUAAUACCUAAUAUAGAAACAGUAAAAGCAUGUGAAUUAUCGACAGAUAAGACGAGUUUGCUGAUACAAAAAGAUGCAAAAGUCAAAAUGGAAUCGCCUAAAGGGUCUGAGAAAAUAGAAACUCCGAGAAAAGAUUCGGAUAUAUCAGACUCAGAGAAUGUUGGUUCACCUAGGAUCAUUUUAAAAAUUGCUAAAUCUGUAAUAACGGAUUGUGUGGAACCGAAAUCGCCAAAAAGCCCGAAAAUACGUUCUCCUGCGAGUUCUCCAAAUCCUGAUGACAGCCUAGGACAAAAAUUAGGUAAAAUAAAGUUAAAAUUGUCCAAAAGUGGUCAUCCUUCAAUUAUAUCCAAUGAAAGUUUCGACGAAUCUUCACAAUGGCACACGGAAAGCACAUCUUCUUUGUCUCCAAUUGGAAUGAAAAUUAAAUUGUCGAAGUCUGGUGAAGCAUCGGUAAUACAAUCAGAAAAAUAUGAAGACCUGGACGUUAAAGAAGUUCAGCAAAAGUUUGAUGAUCUUAAGAAAACAGAAACUUCGUUCGGUAUGAAAAUUAAAUUAUCCAAGACUGGGGACGCAUCCAUAAUACAAGAUUCAAAGGAAAUUCUACCAAAAUCAAAAGAAAAGAUGGAAGUUACACAGGAUGUGUUAAAGAAAAGCGAAUCUUCUAUAGGAAUGAAAAUUAAAUUAUCCAAAACAGGUGAUCCAUCUAUAAUUCAUCCGGAGAAACAAUACGUUAUGGAUGAAAACUGUAUAAAGAGAACUGAGUCUCCUCUCGGAAUGAAGAUUAAAUUAUCAAAAACUGGUGAUGCAUCAAUCGUCUCUGAAUAUUCCGAGGAACCGAAAGAUGCGUUUAAUAUGAACGGAUCUCCAAAUGCAAUGAAAAUCAAAUUUCCAAAAACUAAAGGUAGUACAUCAGUUCUUUCAGCGGAUACAAAAGAAGACUUAGACAGGCAGAAUAUUUCUAACAUUCCAAAAAGAACGGAAUCGCCACUGGGUAUGAAAAUAAAGUUAUCUAAAACUGGAGAUGCCUCAAUUAUACAUCAAGAUUCUGAUGAAUUGACCGAAUCUACAAGGCACAAGGAUAAGUUAGAAUUGACUUCAGAAAACACGAAGCAAGAUCCUGCUAUUGGCAUGAAAAUAAAAGUAUCAAAGACAGGAGAAGCAAUGAUUUUACAUUGUAAAUCUAUUGAUGUAUCGAAUAUUCAUUCAGAACAAUCUGCCUACUCAGAUCAGCAUAAUGUUAAAGAACAUCAGUUAGGGUCUUCAAAACAGGCUGAAUCAAUAGGUAUGAAAAUAAAAUUAUCGAAAUCCGGUGACGCUUCAAUAGUACAAACCGAGAUUUCUGCAGAUACUGAAGGGACAUCUAAAGGUUUUAGUAAGUCAGAAAAAGAAGAGAGCAACCUAAAAUCUUCCGAAUUAUCAAAAAAUAAACAUUUAAGGGUAAAUGAUUUAUUGACUGCGGAUACAGAUCGAAAGGAAAAACAAAAGAACAAAGAAGCAACAAAAAAAAUCGAUGAACCUGCUUUAGAAAUGAAGAUUAAAUUGUCUAAAACCGGACAUCCUACAAUUGUUGUAUGUGAAAGUUAUGCAGAUUCGUCUAAUAAAAAUAAAGAAGUCGAUAUACAUCGUGUUUUGUCUCACAAAUAUAAUAAAGAGGGUACGUCGUCAAGUUCCUCGUCGCUAAAUUGCCCUUCCCUCGUGCCACAACAUAAUCAUUCCGAAUUAGCAAUUGAACCAGAGAAACAGAUUCAGAAGACAGAAUCAAAGGAACUGUCGGCCAAACGGAAGGAUGUGACGAUAUCCUCAAUUGAAUCCAAAAAGCUUAAAAUUGAAUCAAAAAUAUCUCAAAUUUUACCCGAAGUAACGAUUCAACCCGUUGCAACUAGGGAGAAAAAACAAGCUCUUUUUGAUGCCAAAAGCAGCAACAUUAGUCGUGAACAAAUACAUGUUAUAGCUCAGGAAAUUAGUAUUACUCAAGUUAAAUUUAAAGAAAACUUAGAAUCUAGAUCUAAAAAUACUUUAUCUGAUGAGAAACCGCAUAUCUUAUUAAACAAAGUUAUCUAUUCAUCUCCUGCGAGUUCUGACUGUGAAAUUAUUGAACAUCGACCGGAAUUGGUGAUUGUUAAUGAAAAUUCGAAUUCUAGUCAAGAUGUUGUAAUAAUAGAAGAGGUACCACCGGCUCGACUACCUGAAUUAAAGGUACCAAAAAAAAGAGGUCGACCUAGAAGAAACGACUCUAGUAUGCGAUUUAUAGAACCUGUUCAAAUCAUUUUACCUCGAGAUCCACUUGCACUAGAUGAAGGUUCUCUUCAACAUGAAACAAGAGAGAAUGAAAGACCGAGAAGAACUUGUAGAAGUCAAAAGAGUUAUGCACCACCUAAAAGAGGAAGGGGAGGAAGAGGAUGGGAAAUACUGGAAGGUGAUCAAAAGAAUGUUACCGAAAGGUUAUAUGUGGACGAUGCAAGAAGCAAGAAAGGAACACGUUUAAGGGAAAAGGAUGGGCGAAAUGGUCUCAGGGGGCGUGGGAAAAGGAAAAUAGACGUUAUAGAAAUGUCACCACCUAAAAAAUCUAGGAUUGAUCAAGAUUUAACUGCUAUUGAAAAAUUAACAACGACAGUUAUUUCGAUAGAUGAGUCUCCUAAAAAGAUAGUUGAAAAAAAGGAAACAACUGAUGCGAACCACAGCCUGAAACAAUCUUUAACACAUCGGAAAAUUUGUAAGGCUGAAAAACAAUUAUUAACCGAAGUAAAAACGUGUAGCUUUGAAGUUUGCAAAGACAUUUUUGUUGCACCUAAAAUCGAAGAAAAUCAAGAUGAAGAAAUAACUGGAAUAUGCGAAAUCUCAAUUCCAACUUCAUUGGCGUGUAUUGAGAAUGUGUCUGUAAAUUUACCUGAUACAGGGGAAAUAAACGAACAAGAUUCUGAAAAGAAAGAAACUGUGACAAUAAUCGGCAAUGAAAAAUCGAAUGUUGAGGAAAGCAAAGACUUAGUACUGAUAACUGAACAUCAAAAUUGGUUAACGCCAUCAUCUAGAAAAGUGACUGAUUCAUCUACUCGAGGCGAAUCUAUUUCUGCAGUUCAAGUUAUUGAUGAGGAAACUAGAAUGAGUGCAGAAUCCGGAUCUAGGUCACAAACACCGGCAAGAAAUAUAUCAGCACCAGCUUCUGAGGCAGUUCUUAAUGAAGAGUCACAAGGAAGUGUACAGAGCACGGCAACAACCGAGUCAGAAAAAGUAAAAGUAAAGAAUCGACGAAUGGAAAUUAAUUUUGACCCAGACGAAGGUCCUUUUACAGUUGAUAAAAUUGCGGAAUACGAGUGGCCCCUUGAUAGAAAGGGUGAAACAUUCAUGGUGCAAGAACAAAUUUCUCAGUAUCUUGGAGUGAAGUCGUUCAAGAGAAAAUAUCCAGAUUUAAAACGCAGGAUAGUCGAUAUGGAAGAAAGGAACUACUUGAGAGAAAAUGGAUUAGUUAGUGAAUCAAUGUGUGACAUGGGACUCACAUCAGUAUGUAGUUCGGAAGUACUGGACGUAAUGUGCAGUGAUUUUCCAGAUCAAUACGAAGAGUACCGAAAACAUCUGCGUGAGAAACAGGUUAAAGAGCAUUCGAAAAAGCAGAAAGAAUUAACAGCAGCAGCAAAUGCUGAGAAGAAUAGGAUAGAUCUUGCUGAAAUGGCAGUGCAGUCUGCACUCUCAUGGAAUAUAAAUUUAAAUAAAUCGCGUAUGGACACUCGGAAAUCUAGCUUAGAUUUACAAACGUUUACUAUUCAUAUGCCGAAGAAAGAACAAACAAUUGAAGUAGAACGUAACAUUAGCAACUAUCCAGUUGCUCUUAUACCUGGACAGUAUACAGAUUACUACAGAGAAUAUACACCAUCUGAAUUGAGAUACUAUCCUCUCAACACAGUUCUAUAUGGACCCAUGAAACCUAAUGAACGCAAAUUUGACAGCCAGUCUGAAUGUUCUCAAAGUGAUAGUGACAGCGACUCGUCAUCCGAUGACUCAAGCUCCGCAUCUAGCGAUGGUACUCAAGGAACUGAAGAAUCUCAGUCCACUAUGGAUGAUAUCGACAUGGAAUUUGUGCUGCAGAAGACGGAUGUGAAACCUGUCAAGUGCAAAAUGUGUUUAAAAGUUAUCAAUAAGUCGGGUAGAUCAGAAGUAUUAAUUCAGUGCGAUAGCUGUAGUGGAAACAGUAUGUUAUAAUAUGUAAAAUAUUGUAAGAUGGCUAGCAGCAGUUACAGCUUUGAAAAAAUAUGUAAUCGAUUAAUCAAAUAUCAAUGUAUUAUUGGGCGGUACGUGUUGCAAAACUAAAAUGUUUCUUUUGCAAGGAAAGAAAUCGACACUGUCAAAAACUGUUCGCUGAUAUUUGUUAAUUACGAGUCUAUAAUUUUUAUUAGCUGAAUUUGGAAAAAUAUGCACAAAAUUUGAACUUGCAAUCCGUCUGACACUAAUUUUGUCCUUAAAAUGCAAUUUUGAACUGUGUAAUAAAAUAACCUUUUUAAUAUGGUUAC